AUGUCUUCUGUACCCCAAAGCGAGUUAGAUGGACCGCUUAUGGAGUGGAGCUGGAGCUCAGAGAGCAGCACGACCCCCGAAGAGGCUUCCGUAUGUCCUCUGACGAACCACAUUCCCUGCCAAGAGAGCGCGUCGAGCCAGCCGAUGGUAACUCCCUUCACUGGGAGAGACGAAACCCGGUCACCUUCUCAAGACGACGCGAACCGCCCCUCUGCCUCUUCGAACACUGCCAUCGAGCACCGGUCCAUUGGUCUAUACACUCUUAGUAGUGACAACGGGCCUCAACCUACCCCACUGCUCUUUACAGAGAGUCAAGAACAUGUCACCGAAAGAAAAAACAUCGACCUGAGCGACACAGGACCGAUCUAUUACCAUCUCGUGGCUAACACAAAGUCAUUCCAAAUUCUUGAGUUCACUACAACUACUGAGGGAACUAUUGACCUCACGAUUCGUUUCCGUGGAGGACCCCAAGUCAAGAUUGUUAACAAGCGCACGAUCCAACGACUCAACGAAAAUACCCUUCUCGAGUUCUGGGAAUCGCACUUCUCACGUGAACAUGCAACCAGUAUCGGAAAACAAGAAGUUUUUCGCCUUCUAGGCUCUCGCACUCUUGAAACCGGAAACGGGUUCUGGGUCCAUUAG